UCACGUUUUGUUGCUCGCUUUUUUUAUAAUGUUGUUGUUUUGAAUGUCGUUGCGUGCGUUUUGAUUUCGCAUGCGAGCCGUGUCGUUUGUAGCGGUUGUGUGCGUGCGACAGAACGCCGAUGGAUUGAGCGAACGGAGCUUUCUUCAUCAACGCUCGUCUCGACGCUACGAGCCAUGUCUCGCAUCCCAAAGCCACAGCAGCCCAGGCAUAAGUUUACCUGGUCCAACCCGCAAGCAUGCUUCGACCUGCAAAAGAAAGCGCCCGCGCUCAGCUUAAAUAUGAUCAAGCUGGCGCGCAAGAGCGGAGAACUCAACUUGACUGGGGUCGGCCUGACCGACGUUCCUGACCAACUCUGGAACAUAAACAACUUGACGGAGGACGAGAGGCGAGAACUUUCGAUUUCGCUCGACGAGUGUGAUGGUGAUCGGUGGUGGGACCAAGCAGAUUUGACGAAGCUGUAUUUAUCGUCCAAUAGCCUGUCCAGCCUCUCGCCUGACAUUCAGAAAUUUCACGCCCUCCUCAUUCUUGAGCUGAAUGACAAUGCUCUCACUUCACUGCCAGACACCAUUGGAAACCUCCAGCACCUCACAAAGCUGAAUAUUAGUCGCAACAAGCUUCAGCGGCUGCCCGAUUCCUUCUAUCAGCUGAAGGAGCUAAGGCAGCUGCUUGCCCACCAUAAUGAUAUAGCCGAGCUGAGUGACGACGUUGGCAACCUCUCCCUUCUGGAACUGGUGGACUUGAGCCAUAACAAGCUGACCUCGUUACCGGCCAUGAUAGGAUUCCUGUCUCGGGCAGCUAAUGUUAACCUCUCGCACAACUCUCUCGCUGAGCUUCCUCCUGAAAUUGGCAGCAUGAAUGCCUUGCAAAUCCUGGAUGUGUCGUCCAACCGGCUACGAAGCUUACCAGAAUCCAUUGGCUCGCUCUGCCACUUGGAGCAGCUGUUUGUGCAACAGAAUGAGCUCACAGCACUGCCACCUUUUACUGCCUGUGCACGCCUGAUGGAGCUUCACGUCGGCAACAAUGCCAUCGAGGAAUUCCCCAUCGAGGUGAUCGAGACGUUGCUGAGUCUCAAGACGCUGGACCUGAAGUCCAACAAGCUGUCGAUCCUGUCGCCGGACAUCACCAUGAUCCAAGGCCUGGAGCGGCUUGACCUGUCCAACAACAAUCUCGCAUCACUACCCUACGAACUGGGAACCCUGGUACAUCUCAAGGGUCUCGGUGUGGAGGGGAAUCCCCUCAGGGCCAUUCGCAGGGAUAUCGUCAAGAGGGGUACAGUGCACCUGUUGAAGUGGCUGCAAGAUCGGCUGGGCGAAUCACCAGAAGGUGCUGCCCGCAAGCGGCUGUCCGGAGGGGCGGGCCUCAGUGAUGGCUCAGACCUGAUUGAGUCCAUCGAGAAGUUUGCCCUCAAGACGACCCAUGCACUGGAACUAAGCAAGCGAUCUCUGCACGAUGUCCCCGAGGAGAUUUUCAAGAUGGCAGCUGAGUGCGAUGCCAACACAAUCGACCUCAGCAAGAAUGCCCUUGAAUCCGUUCCAAAAGGACUUGAAGCCGCCUGUCCCGUCAUGACAGAGCUGAACCUGAGCUUCAACAAGUUAACUGCACUUCCGGGCUUCUUGUGCCUUGCCACCAGACUUACAUUCCUGGAUUUGAGGAACAACCAGUUAAGCGACCUACCUGGUGAGAUGUCGGUGCUGCCCAACGUAAGGGAGGUCAACCUGUCGUUCAACAGGUUGUCUCGGAUUCCCGAAGUGGUGAUGAGCUGGGAGUCGUUGGAGAUACUGUUUGUGUCUGACAACAAGAUUGAGGAGCUUGACAUGACGCAGCUGCAGAAGCUGAAGCAGAUUGCCGUGCUUGAUCUCAGAAACAACAGCAUCCGGCAAGUGCCACCCGAACUGGGCAACAUGCGGCAGCUCCGAUCUCUCCAGUUGGAAGGGAAUCCAUUCCGCAAUCCACGGCCAGCCAUACUUUCCAAGGGCACCCCUGCCCUGCUGGAAUUCCUGAGGGACCGUAUCCCUCGAUGAGCUCACCUGCUUUUUUUUUCAGUGAAGCACUUCAUUUCAUUCACAUAUUUAUGACUUCGUUACUCGUCGUCACUUCGAGAUUUUUGAAGUGCCACAUCGCCACAGAUUGCCACGUUUUUCUCUUGUUGCUCACAGCAAAUUUUCUUUGCCAUAGUCGAUCCACGACAUAGCCAAGCGAUCUUUCGAGCAAAAGCUUGUUCAUUAUGUCUGAUGUGUGUUAUAACGGAAGGCACAAGUUCAAUAUUCUUGCCCGUGGUGCAUGUUAUAACGGAAGGCA